GGUCGAAUUCCAGGAACCGGAAGUGCCGACCUGUUGUAGUAAGGGCUUAAUGGCUAAGUACUACAAUAUCUCUUCACCGACACGUCAGUUUGUUUGUGUUGUAGCUGCUCGUCGUCAAACGUAGCUGUUUACAAGCAUGACGAAGUAGCCGGCUAACUAUUUAAACACAAUUUGUGUUGCAAUUUGAGCUAUUUUAUACGUGUUUGUAGGACUAAUGUCACAGCACCCAGUUAGCUAAACGUCAUUCCUGCUAGUGCUGGACUCGUUAGCAUCUUUUGACGGCUACUACGGUCGAUGGCACACAGGAGUAGCUUUAAAUAACAUUACUAAUUGAGAGGAGGUUGUUUAUUUAAAGCAACAUCUCGUGGCUGAAUGUGUGGCAGCAGUGGAGACGGGAGCAACAGCUAGCAGCUUGGGAGCUAGUCACCGCACCAGCAAUGGCUUCUUUAAAAGGAGGUUUAAACAUUGCGAGAGCCUUUUAUAUCUGCACACUUCUGCUAGUGGUUGUGACCAGUGGAGUAACGGCUGAUGAGGAGCAAAACGGGAAUGAAAGCCCAGAGCUAAAGCCCUACCAUGAUCCAGAAUCGGAGGAGGAUGACGCUCACUUGGCCUCAAGAAUUGCAGCAAGUGCAUCUAUCACCUCUGUGUCUGUGACAGAAGACGGAGAAAAAGAGGAAAGCAAGCAGCCAGGUGGAGAUGGUGUGAAGGUAGAGGAGAAGGAAGACCUGCCGGAACAGCGUGUCUCUUUGGACAGACCUAAAGAAGUUCCUGUGGUGAACGGCGGUACAGCCAAUGGAGAAACCUGCAUGUUCCCCUUCGUCUUCCAAGGCAAAGAGUACGCCGACUGCACCACCAACGGCCGAGGGGACGGUCGACUGUGGUGUUCCACCACCUACGACUACGACCAGGACAAGAAGUGGGGGUUCUGUGAGACUGAGGAGCAGGCACAGCAGAGACUGCAGGCGGAGGAAGCUGAAGAUCAGUACCAGACGGUCUUGCGAAUGCUCAACACCACCACCAAGCGGAGCUGGAAGAAGGAUCUGUACGACAAGCUGCUGAAAGUGGCGGACAAAGGUCACCAGAAGGCCAUGGAGAAGGUGGCGUACGCCAUGCUCUUUGGAGACUACAUGAGCCAGAACAUCAGCAGAGCCAGGGAGAUGUUUGACAAGCUGGCCACCGAGGGUUCCCCCAAAGCGCAGAUGGCGCUUGGAUUUCUGUAUGCUGCAGGACUUGGCGUUAACUCCAGUCAGGCAAAGGCCCUGGUUUACUACACCUUUGGGGCCCUGGGAGGAAAUCUGAUUGCGCAUAUGAUUCUGGGCUACAGAUACUGGGGGGGAGUGGGUGUUCCUCAGAGCUGUGAGUCUGCGCUCACACACUACAGGCUGGUGGCCAAUCAGGUGGCCAGUGACGUGUCCUUGACGGGAGGCACAGCCGUGCAGAAGAUUAGGCUUCUCGACGAGCUGGAGAACCCGGGAUCCGCGAGUGGAAUGCUGGAGGAGGAUCUGAUCCAGUACUACCAGUUUCUGGCUGAGAAGGGGGAUGUGCAGGCUCAGGUGGGACUAGGUCAGCUUCACCUGCACGGAGGACGUGGCGUGGAACAAAACCACCAGAGGGCGUAUGACUACUUCAACCAGGCUGCAAAUGCAGGAAAUACACACGCUAUGGCUUUCCUCGGCAAGAUGUACUCUGAAGGCAGCGAGUUUCUGCCUCAGAACAAUGAGACAGCCCUGCAGUACUUUAAGAAGGCUUCAGACUUGGGAAACCCAGUGGGACAGAGCGGCCUGGGCAUGGCCUACUUGUACGGAAGAGGCGUCUCAGUGAACUACGAGCUGGCCCUGAAAUACUUCCAGAAGGCGGCAGAGCAGGGCUGGGUGGACGGACAGCUGCAGCUGGGCACCAUGUACUACAAUGGCAUCGGCGUAAAGCGCGACUACAAGCAGGCUCUGAAGUUCUUCAACCUGGCCUCGCAGGCGGGCCACAUCCUGGCCUUCUACAAUCUGGCCCAGAUGCACGCCACCGGUACCGGCGUCAUGCGCUCGUGUCACACGGCGGUGGAGCUCUUCAAGAACGUGUGCGAGCGUGGCCGCUGGUCCGACCGCCUGCUGUCGGCGUACAGCAGCUUCAAGGAGGGCGACAGCGACGCGGCGCUGGUCCAGUACUUGCUGCUGGCCGAGCAGGGCUAUGAGGUGGCACAGAGCAACGUGGCCUUCAUCCUGGACCAGAGGGGUGCAAAGAUAUUCAACGAGAACGAGACCUAUCCUCGGGCUCUGCUUCACUGGACCAGAGCUGCUGCUCAAGGUUACACCGUGGCCAGGAUAAAACUGGGGGACUACCACUUCUAUGGUUUCGGCACCGACGUGGACUACGAGACGGCCGUCAUCCACUACAGGCUGGCAUCAGAGCAGCAGAACAGCGCCCAGGCCAUGUUCAACCUGGGCUACAUGCACGAGAAGGGCCUGGGUAUCAAAAAGGACAUCCACCUGGCCAAGCGCUUCUACGACUUGGCAGCAGAAGCCAGUCCUGAUGCACAGGUGCCAGUUUUCUUGGCUCUGUGCAAGCUGGGCCUGAUCUACACGCUGCAGUACCUGCAAGACCUUAAUCUGCGUGAGCUCGUCUCUCAGGUGGACCUGGACCAGCUUUUGGGCCCCGAGUGGGACCUCUACCUCAUGACGGUCAUCGCCCUCCUGCUGGGCACGGUCAUCGCCUACCGACAGCGUCAGCACCAGAUCAUCAUGCCCCCUCGGCCCCAGGCCCCGCCUCCUCCUCCCAGACCCCCACAAGAGCCGCCCCAAGCCGAGGAGGCAGCAGGCCGUCCCGAGGAAGAGGAACAGCAGUGAGAAGAAGCCCCGAAGUUGAGUAAAACCUGGACAGACGCUCCCCCUGGAGAAGCUUGUGCUUGCCUGCUCCAAAAGACCCAAAAUGGCCGCUGACGUGUUCAGUGUUGCCAGUGUGUGGGGCCCCCAAACAUAGAUUUGGGACUGACUCGGGAUGCGGCAUCCCGCGUUUUCACCUCGGAGACACCCCUGAGCUUUUUGACGGAUGGAUGAAAGACGCUUUGGACUCAUCAGCAACUUUUCACGUGCAAUUUAUUUUCUCAUUCCUGCUUCCUUUUGAGGUUUUUGCUGCAUCUUGGGGGGGAAAUUAUUUCUUUUCAAUCUUACCAUGGAAAAAAAAUGUUUGCAUGUUUUUUCUUUGCAGAUGUUGAUUUUAGACAUGUUGGGUUCCGUGUUUAAACUUUAAUUUAUAGAAAAGCUGGACUGGAUCUUCCAGCUUCUUUUUUUGAUGGAUAAUUUCACUUAAUUUCACACGGAAGAAUGUCGAUGAAUGUUUGGAAAUGUCUUUUUGUUUCCACAACUUGAUCUGUUUAGAGUUUCUGCCCCCUUCCUGCACACGUUCAGUCAUUCAGUAUGACCCUGACAUCCAAUCUGGGGGGGUACAAGUCAACCAAAACAACAUCAUGUCACUUUUAGUUACCCUGCAUGAAAACAUCACAUCCGCACAUCAAAAUCAAACACUGGUCAUUUUAACACAUUAUUAUAA